GAAAUUGCGUGAGUCCGUAAGGAGUUUGUCCUUCACCGCUAGCUUAUGUAUGCAAUUGCCCGUACCAGUAUGUUUACAGUUGCUACCUGCUCUCGCUGAAGAGUGUUUUGACUUGUAAUGCAGCGUCCAAGUUUUGCAUGCAACACUAGCUCGCUGCCGCUAACGUGAAAAUGCCCCGAGUUGUUGCAAACCAGAACGAGAGGUUUCAGAAUGAUGAUAUAUUUCAGAAACUAUCGCGGGAGACUGAGGUAAGAUCGCUGAAGUCUUGCGUAGAUGUAUCAAUUUAUAUAAUUAACAUGCACGAAGGUAUCAUCGUUUUUUUAUAUCUGAAUAUAGCCGGAUACGAAUGUUACACUGCACGUACAGUAUCCCUUAUAAACUGUUCUCAGAAGUAGAACUAGUUCGUUUUAGAGAUUUAGAAAUAUAUACUGCUUUCUGUAUCGAUAUACUUUUGCAUAACUUUAAGCACAAAUUGUACAGAAUAGAAUUGCAAAGAAUUCACUGAAAAGAUUCCUCGUCUGCGUUCGUGUUGGAUACUUGUUCUCCGGAUUUUAUAAAAUACAAAUUAGCCGACCUUCACUCGUCUUCGAACAUACAGGGCAAUGUUUCAUGAAUGCUGCACAGAAACUAUUACUGUAAAAUUGAACCGAGUCAAUUCAAGGAAGAAUCGGCAUUCAACAUGCAUGAGCUUGGAAGUUGCCAGUUUAAUUCAAAUUGCCAAGGAGACUAACGAGUAGAUCAUGAUAAUGGCUGCAGUCACUUUCGUUUUGUUCUGUGCAAUAUUAUUGACUACUAGCAGUUACAGCCAGGCUUAGUACACAAAAUAUUUGGAUGAAAUACGAGGAUAAUUGCAUGUCUGUGGCAGCUUAAACUGGCUUUGUCACUUUGAACGGCUGCAGUCUUUUUAUAAGCUAUUGUGCAAUAUCAGUUAUUGAUGAUUCAAUGUCACAGUAAUACACCGAGAAUAUUAGAUGAAUAAAAAAUAAAUCUGUAAAUAAAUAAAUAUAUAUCUGUCUUUGUUUUGGCUGGAUGAAAAUAAACAAAUGCUUUUACAUGAAUGAAAUUAGGAAUGAUAAACGAACGAAUAUGAUUCAAACUGCAACCAAGUAAUAAUCUCUCUAGCUCGAAGUUCAUAGUUGGGUCAAGCUAACUUAUUGACUGUUGUAAUAGUUUUGAUUUACUUCCCUAUUUUAUCAUGUAUAGUUUCCAUGGAAUUCCCCCGUAAAUCUCUUCCCAUGCCAUGCAGUGAUGCCACUAGCAAAUAGAGAUGUCCAUAUCACAGAUAUGUGUGUACAUUCCGCAUUAUUAAAGUGCUGCUGUCUAAACUGCAGUAUGUUGUCGUGUGAAGGCUACAUGCAAGAAAUAUUAUAUUAUUGUUUAAAUCCCUUUGUUCACUGUUAACACCAACUUGGAUAGUCUGACACAAUUGGAGACAUUUACAGCUGAUUUCGUUAUUCCCACGUCUGCAUUCUGCAUCUUGUGUGUGCAUGUUGCAACGAUGACGAUGUACAUGCAUCGGUUUAAGUGUUAUUGGAAAAUUGUAUACAAACACUUGUCCUCGAGCGAAUCAAGAAUGGCGAAGUGAGGGAAACUGGCUUUUCAACAAGUCUACUUGUAAAAUUUCAACCGUUAACUGAUUUUUCAGCAUGCAUACAUGCACAGCAGGUAAAUAACGCCUGUCAAGAAGCUCUUUAGGAUUAAUUAGAGAAUUUUGAGUAAAUUUUUAAGUUCGAGCAGACAUCACUGCAUUAUACUGGUUAUAUAAAUUAAUGAUAUAUAGGCUACAAAGAAAAAUCUCAAUGAUUCAUGUCAGUAUUAGGAAAAGCAUUUUCAUUUAACCCAACUAUCCUGUAUUUCCUCAAACUGAAAGACCUGAACGGUUUGAGAUUCAGUAAAUCCUACAUUUGUUGCCUUAUUCAAAUAUGACAAUCAGUCAUGUUCGGCUCUAACGAUAAUGGCGCCAUUACCAUUGAAGGCUAUAGAAUUUCUACAGUUGAGUUGCGAGACAAAACUGCAGAAACCCUGCAUUCAAAUAAAUAAUAACACGUAGCAACAAUGCAUGAUUACAAGUUCUGCAAAUGAAAGAUAAAUGUAGUUCCGUUAUCAGAACGCGUUUAUUCUCUAAUUAAUAUCACAGGUUGUGGAUUUCAACAGUUUGCACGUUGCAGGCAAACAUGUGUGUUACUGCAUUACACACAGACAUCAAUUUCAAAUAACUACAUACGGUUUAAAUAUAAUAUAUAAAGAUUGUUUCUUAUGACUCUCCAAUACUAACGAUCGCGUGUUUUAAACCUGAACAUUCAUAUGGAAAUGGGAUGGCCAGGAAAAAUAGUCAUAACAUCCACGGGGCUAAAAAGUACACCCCAGCCGAUAACGUUCCCUAUACACCCAUGAGAACACACACUGCAGAUGUAUUGAAGUAUAUAUUUGCCCAGGAAAAAGGAACUCAGGAAACAGGGAUGAAUAUAACAUGCAUUAUUAAAAAAUGUCAAGGAAGAGGCAUUCCAGUCAAUGAUAGACAGUAAAAUAUGCAUGAUGAGAUUUGUUGUGUGAAUUUCUUAACGAUUAAUCAGAGUCCACUAAAACUUUCGAAAUUAUUUGACAUCUCUAAAUGUCCUAUAGAGCUCUAGAGAGCCCUAAACUUCAAGUUUAAAGUCCCUCCUUGGAGUUUGCAUGGUAUUCACCUUGGCUUAUUAUUUUAUAUAUUGAGUUGGGGUACCACUAGUCAAGUGCAGUGUAAAAAUUCCAUGAAAUUAUAAGUAUGUUCAUUGAUUGAAGACCAUGACCAUCUACCUAUAGCUUGCAGCAGUUGGGUUUGACUUAUUUCAACUAUAAAACGUUGUAUUUGAUUACAACAACAAGCACAGCAAGUUCUUUCACAUUGAUAGCACGUAUAUUUGAUACGAAAUUACUGGAUAGAUAAAGCAACAAAAACAAAAACAACAACAACAACAACAAUUCUUAUUCUAACCAUAAUAGAUUUUGACAAUAGUUUUUUUUUGUGGAUUGACUAGGUUGGUUAUAUUGGUAAAAACCUAGAAAAACCAUAAGGGCUUAUCAAGCUAGACAACCAAAUCAACAAUCUAGGCAACGAAAUCUAGGCAACCAAAUCAAGCUAGGCAACCAACUAUUACUAUUAAAAAAUCUCAAAGAAGUGGCACUCUGUUCCAACUGAUGACCUUGCAGAUGCAAAAUAAUAAUAUAGAGAGUACUGAUUUUAACUUUAAAGGAAACUGCUGUAGUAUUAUAGUGUUAUACUUUAAUAUAUCUAUUAUUUUCUAGUUCUAAAUUAGCACUCAUGCAUUGUGACCAAGUUAUACCUAUAAAACUUUGCAUAUUACAACACCAAGAACAGCAAUAGUUCUUUCAUACUGAUGGUACAUAUAAUACAUAGAUUUGAUGUGAAAUAAUACUGUAAAGAUAAAGCAAAUAGUUUACCAUUAUUAUUAUUAAAACAAAUGUCAAUGAAAAGGCAUUCUGUUUCAAUUGAUGGUUUUGCAUAUGAUUACCAAAUAUAUAGCAACUGCAUGAGAGAAGAGAGUUCAUUGAUUUUAAGCUUGAAGACAACUGUUAGAUAGAACUGUUAUUUUCUAAUUUUAGAAUAGCAUCCCAUUGAUUGAAGUCCACUGAUGACCAUGUACUUUGCAGCCCUUGGGCUUGCCCUAUUCCAACCAGAAAAUUAUUUAUAUUAUAACAGAAGAACAGCAUUUUUUUAUUGACUGCAAAUAUAAUAUGUAUGAAGAUAGAUAUUAGAUAAUACAAUAUAAAGAUAUACCAAAUAAUUGCAAUGAAAAUUUCAGUAUGAAAGAUAUAUUUGAUUUGAAUAAAAAUAUUUUAUUAAUGGUGCAUUUUGGCAAGCUUGGUAAAUGCAAAUAAAGAAUAUAAGUUUGUAGCUUAUAAGUUAUCUAGUUGUGUGCUUGGAUACAUUUUGUUCAGUAUACUAUAUAUAGUAACCUCUCUAAAGGUUUAUUUUGUUUUCAUGACCUAAUUGAGAUUGGCUAAAUAUGAUUAGAAAAACUGGUUAAAAUAGAGUUUAUUUACACUUGAUUUUUGUGCCUGCUUGCAGAUAAAAUACGUAGGUUACAGAGACAGGCCGUUAGAAGAACGUCAACUUCGUUUUCAAACGGAAUGCAGAGAGGGAAAUACUUCUAUUGUAAGUACUUGCACUAGCUGUUUACUGUACACCCAAUUUGGUCUCACACCUCUCUCCAUUUCAUAUCCUUCUAUGAUAGCAUUCUCCAGGGGAGUGAUUUUCAGAGUGAUUUUUAAACAAUGCAUAAUAAAGCCAUGCACUCACAAUGUUAAAGAAAUGACAUCACAACAGCUAGUAUAUUUGUAUCCUUUUUAUGUCCUAAAUUUAUCCAGUGCUGUUUCUAAUAACUGUUUAUGGUUAACAUAUAUAUGUUUAGUUAAUGUACUUCCUAUAAAGAGCAUGUGAAAAUUGUUUUAUUGAAACAUAUUAUUGUACAGAUUUUAAACCUCAUGCACAUGUGCAACCAUGCACUCACAAUUACAUGUAAUUAGAAAAUAGAAGACGUUCAAUAACAAGUUGUUCAACUAAUUCACUGAUAGGAUCUCAUUCUCAUGCAAUAGUGUCAAUCAUAUUACUAAAUUGGUGGGUUUUCCCUUAUUGUUCAAGGCAUUCACGGUCGUAGGAGUGAACAUAGAACUGCUGUUUCCAAAGCAAGCUGACUCACAGACUGUUCCUCCAGAGAAUGUUGACUUUUACAAAGAGAAAGAUAAGGUAUACCAUUUCUCUUUUAUACCUAAUCUACAAUUAGAUGUACUGGCAGAAACUGUCACAAGAAUGCUGCUUCAUAAAAAGCGACGUUCCGAAAGGGGUUACUAGCGAAGGGCGUGUCCUCCCCAUCACUUGUCCCAGAUACUAAUAUCAUCUUUCACUCGUCCCAGAUACUAAUAUCUUCUUUCACUCGUCAUAUAGGUCUUUCUACGAAGCCUUUUCAUAAUGAAUGGUGUUUGUGUUAUAUUUGUUGGCUGGUUAAAUAUAAUAAAAUUAGAUGGAGUUGGAUAUCUGAUGUUUGACGAAGACACAGCUAAGGUCCUUUCUCAAUAAUAAUAAAAAUAAUGAUAAUAGUGAUUUAUUAGCGAUUCCAAAUUGAAAUGGCUCUUCUAUCACUAAAUUAACUAAAUUCUACAUUAACAAGUUCUAGCUAUAUUUACAAUGUGUAGCUGUGAAGAGUUAAUAAAUCUAUACAGUACAUUAACCAGUCACAGUACAAAUUUCACAAAACAGAUGUAACAAAACAUAGUCAUUUAUACCCCGGCCCGAGCCUCUCGUGGGCAAAGUCUGUAAGAUGGACUUUCACACUUGUUCUAAAAAUGUUGAAAUCUUUGCAAUUUCGCAAACAAUCUGGCAGAGAGUUAAAUGCAGCUGCAGGACUGUCCUGAUUAGUUCCCUUGUUUUAACGUCAUAACAGUGAAUGUGUGAAUGGCAUGGAGAACAUUAAGAACUUCAAAACAAUGAAGAGACAACAUUGGAAAAAAUAAAUUCACGUGGUGUUUCCACAAACAAAAGUAUUAUAUAAUAUUGGAACAAUCGGAUUACUAGAUUGUCACUAGAUGGCACUAAUGAAUAUUAUUCUUCAGCAUGAAAAGAAACCAUGUUUAAUAGUUUCAAGUAGAUUCGUAUGACGAUAAACAUAACAACGAAAAUGAAUUUCUUUUUUGAUAGGUUGAAGACGCCAUAAUGCGAGAAACUUUGAGAAAAGCAAACAUAAAAUUGGAGGAAUUUCAAGAAAAAUUAAGAAGCGAGACUUCAGAAGUAAGAUGCUAUAACUAAUGAACUGUUCUAAUAUUUCCACCUAAUCACAAGCUUCACACUAUAAUUUGUAAAAUACAAUAUAUAUAUAUAUAUAUUUAGGAACAGUUUCCAGUUAUGUCAUGUGCACUUCAUAAUCAUAAAUAUAAUAAUGCAUAUUUUUCAAGCUCGCUCGGUGUGGAUAUACACCCAGAGUAACAUCACAAGCAUCAUAUUCACCUGAGUACACAACACCAACACAGAAAAAAAAUCAUAAAUGUAGUUAUAGUUUUCUGUGUCAUUGGCUGCUUAUCCUAAACCAUUCAGGCUAAACAUUGAAGAAUAUAGAUCUUAGAGGUGUGCAUCGGAUCGGAUUGGACGUUUAUAACCCAACAAUUGGCUAAUGUUUAAAAUCCGAUCCGAUCCGAAAUUGUCUAAUCCGAAUCCGAUCCGAGUUGUGAUAAAGAAUUCCAAUCCGAUCCGAAGAAUCCUUUAACAAAAUAAAUUUCUCAUUCAAGUUGAAAUGUUUUAACCAAAUAAAUAUAAAAACAAAAAAUACAUGUCAAAAAGCUGACAAAGUGACGUCCAAUUGAAGUAUCAAACGAACUGCAGCGACAACCGCAAUAAUGCUUUGAUAAAUGCAUGGAUAAUUAAUUCUUGCAAUAAUGCGUGGAUAAUUAAUUCAUAAGAUAAGUUUAUUUCGAAUAUCGAAGUCCGAUCCGAUCCGACUACGAAACAACUUUAUCAAUCCGAUCCGAUCUGAAAUGUAUAUUUUUGUUCCGAAAUCCGAACGAAUCCGAUCGGAUUUGCACACCUCUAAUGGAUCUUCAAAUCUCUGAUCUUAUUUCUCUAUUUUUCACAGGUUCAGAACACGCGUAUGUAGAGAAGAUUAUUUGGCCAUCUAUAAAAUUACACACAUGUUCUGUACGCGCACACAUGCAAACAAAUAAUAAAAGUCAGAAAAUUAUAAAACACAUAAAAGCUAUAAAAUUAUCUUAUAAUAUAUAGCAUAACGAAAUACACACAUUUUUUCCCUUUAUAUGUAAAUA